UUUUUUUCAAAAAAUAAAAAAUAAAAGCGCUUACGGAAUGAAACAAAAUAAAAAAAUUUUCACUCUUCUUUUUCUUUUUCCCUUUCUUUGUAAUAUAAAAUGACUGAAGGUAGCGUGUACUCUAAAAUAAAUAGUCUGACUGUCAUGUUAGACCCCAAAUACAGACAAAAAUUCAAGGAUUUAAAGAAGCGUAUCCGAGAAAUAGAAGAGGAAAAUGACUUGCUUAAUAUCAAGUUGUUCAAGGCUCGUAAAAAUAUUCGUCAUCUCAAGUUGGAAAGAACACUAUUGCUUGACCGCAUGGACAAAUCGAGUCAAAUGUCCUUAGAUUACAGUGAUAAUUCAGACUUGGGUUCAGAAAUCUAUUCUCAUGAUGAAUCUGACAUGAAAGAUCCUAACGCGCCAAAGGGACCUGGCAAUGUCUUCUUCUUAUACUGUCGAUUAGAAAGAGACAAAAUCAAAGACGAACAUCCUACAGAAAACCUAGGCGAAGUAACUCGACUCUUGGGUCAAAAAUGGAAGAGUUUGACAAAAGAAGAAAAGAAGAAAUAUUAUGACAUGUAUAAGCGUGAACUUGAAGAAUAUGAAGAAGCAAUGAAGACAUACACUCUUAAUGGUGGUGUUGUUCCUCCUCACGAUGUACAGAGCAACAUUGGAAAUAAUGAGGAUGCUGGUAUGAUAUCCAUUGUCUCUUCACCUGCACAGACUGAAAUGUCUAUGGAUUUUGCAAGUGAUCCUGCUCAGCAUCAUGAUUCACCUGAAGUCAAUGCAUUCAUGGAUGAAGAGGUGAUGGCUUCUCAGCAACCUGAGGUAUUUCAUCAUGAACCAGUAGGAUCAAGUUGGCAACAAGCCACCUAAAUGUAUUUGUAUUCUCUCCUCUAUUAUUAUUAUGUAUCAUUUUCCCUUAUAAACUUUGCAAAUAAACAGUUAGAAAAAAGAAAAGGUAAUUUGUCA